AUGAAACUCCUUGCACUAUAUAAUGGUAAUUCACAAAAUGAACUUGAACAUUUGUAUAGUGGUCAAAAUUCGAUAUGUGAUGACGUGAAGCUUCGUCAACUUAUUGAAAGAGAUAGUUUAUGUGCAAGAAAAAAUGUAGGUUUCUGGACAAUUGUGCAUGAAUUGGUAACUGGUAUAUUAAAACAAAAGGGUGCUAUAUUAUACUACCAGCAACCUAAUAUGAAUUACGACUUAAACAGUGAUGGGGCACCAAUUUUAUCUUUAGUAGUUGAGGUUAAUGCAGGUUACAAAACUUCAAUUGCAUUUGGACUAUCAAAUAAAGAAAAUAACCAUAUGAUUAGACUUGCUGUAGAAGCUGUUCAGCGCAAUAUUCCGUGUAAUGAAAUUGAUUGCAUGCAUGAAUAUGAAUAUAUGGAGUUACCAAAUAGUAAAGGAUUUAUGAGAGCCCGGCGUGAACACUUUAAAAACUUAAGAAUUGAUGACCAUUACCAUUACCCAAUUUCUAUAGCUUUCAAAAUAGUAGGCCAAAGCCAAAGUGUAGAUGAAGCCUUAAAACUUGAAGAGGCUUAUCAGCUUUUUAUUAAAUCUCUACCAUUUACAGAAGUCACAAAAGAGUUUUUGU